AUGGCAAAGAUGAGACAAGUUUUAAAUAUUUACAAUAGCCGUAAACAAAAAGGUUUGGGAAACCACUUCCCCGAAGAAAUGAAAAACAACCCUGACUUAGAGAAAGACUAUAUAUUUAACAAUUUAGUCAAAAGAGACAAACAAGAAAGAAUGCCGGGCUUCAAACUUCAGAAAGGUGACAAAGUAAAAAUAGAAAUACCUAAACGCGACCCAUAUGAAAAUACUAUUGACUAUGACAACAAUGGGAACCCGACAGGUACUCACAUUCGUGUUCGUAAAAAUAGAAGAAAGUAUACAAGAGAAUAUUAUGAAGUUUUAGGCAAACAUGGCAAAAUGUACAGACUGCAAGCAGAAGAUAAAACUACUAUUGUCAGACCUCGUUUCAAACUUGUCAAAGUUCAAGGUGGUAUACUUUCAAAGACAGUUCCUAACAAAUAUAAGACAACUCCAGACGAAUAUGCUAAAGAAGUUGAAAAUGACGACUAA